CCGAAACCCUAGCCGCCGCUUCUCUCUCCCCUCCUCCCCUCUCCACGGGAUCACUACUUCCGGCGGCGGCGGCGGGACGCGCGAGCCCAUCGCCAUGGCGGGAGGGAAGAUCCAGAAGAAGCGGCACGGCGGGGGAGGGGGCGGGGGCGGGCGGCUGCAGGGAGGGAUCCCGUUCGAGAAGUCCAAGGGGCAGCACAUCCUGCGGAACCCGGCGCUGGUGGACUCCAUCGUCGAGAAGGCCGGCCUCAAGCCCACCGACACCGUCCUCGAGAUUGGCCCCGGCACGGGGAACCUCACCAAGCGCCUCCUCCAGGCCGGCGUCAAGGCCGUCGUCGCCGUCGAGCUUGACCCCCGCAUGGUGCUCGAACUCAAUCGCCGCUUCCAAGGCGACCCGCUCUCCUCACGCCUCAAGAUUAUCCAAGGAGAUGUCCUUAAAUGUGAUCUUCCAUACUUCGAUAUAUGCGUGGCGAACAUCCCAUAUCAGAUUUCAUCUCCCCUCACAUUCAAGCUUCUGUCACACCGCCCAAUAUUUAGGUGUGCAGUGAUUAUGUUUCAACGUGAAUUUGCCAUGAGACUUGUAGCACAGCCUGGAGACAGUCUGUACUGCCGUCUCUCUGUGAAUGUGCAGCUUUUGUCACGUGUAUCACAUCUCUUGAAGGUGGGGCGGAACAACUUCAGGCCUCCACCCAAGGUUGAUUCAUCUGUUGUUCGUAUCGAGCCCAGAAAGCCCCUACCUCCUGUCAGCUUCAAACAAUGGGAUGGACUUGUGAGGCUUUGUUUCAACCGGAAGAACAAGACAUUGGGCGCCAUCUUUAAGCAGAAGCGUGUCCUUGAACUGUUAGAGAAGAACUACAAGACAAUGCAGUCUCUACAGCUCACUUCAGAUACAGAAAAGGGUGAGAAGUUGUCAGCAGAUGAUGUUGCAUUGCUAUCAGAUAUGGUUGAUGAUCUGAACUUGGAAACUGGCUACGAGAAUGAUGAUGAUGAUGAGAUGGAAAUGGAUGAUGCGGAUAUGGUAGCAGAGAGCCGUGCAAGUUUCAAGGAGAAGAUUAUGGGGAUAUUGCAGCAAGGAGAUUUUGCAGAGAAGAGAGCGUCGAAGCUCAGCCAAGUUGACUUCUUGUACCUCCUAUCGCUCUUUAAUAAAGCUGGUAUACAUUUUUCUUGAAGCAAUUCAGUGAUGGUCCAGCCAAAACGAGUUUUCUCUUCUUGUUUAUCUAGUGUGUACUUCGUAGAAUGUAUGAGUGAAGCCUAUUUAGCAGUGGAAAAAUUUCACUGCAAGAAUUUUGUUCAUCUAUACAUAACUUUGGGAGUAAUGGAGAUUAAUUUGUGUGCUGUGUUCUCUCACACACGCACACUCUGUGUGUGUAAUAUUUUAUUUUACUUUUCAUGAUUUGCUUCGUCAUCUACUGCAGAGCCCAGGCCUGCACUGUACUUGAUUU